AUGAUAGCUUGGUCCUACCGAGUGCCAUUAGAUAUUUUGGUGGUGCUGGCUACCAAGACUACUUAUAGCAUCACAAGUUCAGGAAAGUCAACCUUGGAGGCUAACUUUUGCGAUGCAACCUUGCUUGGGUUUGACAAAGAAUGGAUUGAUUUGGUUCGGUCUCGAGUUUUUGGUGUUGACAUGUCUGAUGUGUUGGCAGCAGAAGAGGAAAUUCAGGUGAAAGAGAUCGAGCUGGAGACGUGUGACUUUGCCUUUAAGUUUUGUUCUCAAAGCGAUCUGAUUUGGACAGAAAGCUAUAAGGAGACUACUCGAUCUCUUGUUGAAGGCAUCGUCAAGCAAUUUGUAGUCUGCAAAACACAGAUGGCAUGCCCUGGGGAAGGUAUUUUAACAGAUCUUGCCAAGAGAUUGGUAGAUAAAACCAUAAAGGAAGUUAAUUACUUUCGUCAUUUCGAGACUCAUGAUCACGAGUUUGAUGAGGACAAUCAACUUUUGCGUAGAAGAUUAGAGAAAGUUCGAAAGGAUAUUGACGACGCCAACAUUAAUGAGCAUGAAGUUGAAGGUGAAGUUCAAGAUUGGAUAAAGAAAGCUGAUAAACUAAUUCAAAUGAAUGCUGAAGUUAGGCAAACAAGGUGUGAUAGCUGUUCUUUUCUUAGGAAAUAUCGACAAGGCAAGAGAUUGGCACAGAGGGUGCAAGUCAUUAAAGAUCACAUCCAAAAAUAUAAAAACUUUGAAAGAGUACCUUGCCCAGUUAAACUUCCAGGUAUGAAGUACCAUGCUUCAAAAGACUUCAUUGAUUUUGAGAGCAGGAAGACAAAAUUCAAACAACUUGUGGAAGCUUUAAAAGAUGGAAAUCAUUACAUGAUUGGAUUGCAAGGGAUGGGGGGAACGGGUAAAACCACAUUGGCAACACAAGUAGGAAAGCAAGUUGAAGAAUCCAAAGCAUUUGAGAAAGUCAUCUUUGUUGUUGUGUCUAAUCCUCCAGAUGUCAACAAGAUUCGAGGCGACAUUGCAAGGCAAUUAGUUUUGGAUUUAGAUCCAAGAGUUGAAGCAGAUCACUCAAAGCUUCUAUGGUCUAAAAUUUAUGGUUAUGAAAAAAAAUUACUUAUAAUAUUAGAUGAUGUGUGGGAGAAGUUAGACCUCACCGAAAUUGGGAUUCCAUCUGGAACUGAUCACAAGAAUUGCUAUGUUUUGUUAACUACCCGCCAUUCAAAAGUUUGUGAAGCAAUGAGAUGCCACCAAACAGUUCGCCUACACACGUUAGCUGAUGAGGAUGCAUUUUCACUUUUUCUAUCUCAUGCUGGAAGUAAUGAUUCUGAGGGUCUUGCACACGAUUUUGUGAAGGAGUGUGGAGGAUUGCCAGUUGCAAUUGUAGCACUAGCUGGAGCAUUAAGAAAUUGGCCCGUAGGUGAAUGGAAUGUAGCUUUGACAACCUUACGAAAUUCCAAGCAAUUUGUUGAUAUUGAUGAAGAUUUAGUGACUAUUUAUAGAUGCUUAAAAUUAAGCUAUGAUCAUUUAAAUGAUGAGAAGGCUCAAAGGCUAUUUUUAUUGUGUUCUAUUUUCCCAGAAGACUAUGAAAUUCCCAUAAACCUUAUUAUUAGACUUGGUAUAGGGUUAGGAAUUUUUGGUGAACCUGACGAAUACUGUGCAUCAAGAAGUCGAGCAGUUGCAGUAAAAAAUAAACUCAUAGCUUCUUCUUUGCUAUUGAAGGUUGAGGGAAAAGAAUGUGUAAAAAUGCAUGACUUGGUUCGUGAGGUAGCCCAGUGGAUAGCAAAAGAAGAUAUUCAGGUGAUUACAGAUUCAACAAUGACUUUAAAAGCCAACAAGCGAUUUGUGUUUUGGAGUGCUGAUGAUUUUCCUGAUCAACUUGAUGAUGCAAAACUUGAAAUUUUACUUCUUUGGAUAAGUGGAAAUGCUCUAGUGAAAGAUCCAAAUGCAUUCUUUGCAGGAAUGUCAAGGCUCAAAAUUCUGUCUUUACUCAGUGGAUAUGGUAGAAAAGUUCCCACUCCAUCACUGUCACAAUCACUUCUUUCCACUCCAUCACUGUCACAAUCACUUCUUUCAUUGAAGAAUAUUCACACUAUUAUCUUGGAUGGUUGGGAAUUAGGUGACAUCUCUGUUUUGAAGAAUCUUCAAAGUCUUGUGACGCUUGAAUUGAAAAAUUGUUUAAUUAUUGAAUUGCCCAAAGAUAUCAAGGAGCUACAGAAGUUGAGAUGGUUGGGAUUAAAGAAGUGUGAAAUUCAAAAGAACAACCCUUUUCGAGUGAUUGAAAGAUGCUCACAAUUGAAAGAAUUGUAUUUUGUCAGCAAUUACAAUGUCAAAGACUGGAAGCCAGAGGAUGACAAAGAAAUUGAAGAUGAAAUUGCUUCUGAUAUAUCUCCUUCUACAUUGCAAUUUUUUUUUAUUGCUUGUGAUGUCUUGAAAGGCUUGACUCAUGAUGAUAAUGGCUUACCAAAAUGCUUCAAUACAGAUCAUAUGAAACAUUUACUAUCAAAAGCCAUGUUUAAGUACCUUGUGGAAAGAUCAGAAGUUCUUGAGCUGGGAAAUUUAGGACAAACAGGAUGGAAAAGUCUUGUCCCUGACAUUAUUCCUGUGGAAGAUGAAGGCAUGGAUAAUUUAAUCAAGCUUUACUUGUAUGAAUGGACUGACAUAGAGUGCCUUAUUGAUAGUAAUCAGCGUCACAAUCAUAACAUGACAGUCUUCUUGAACUUGAUUGAGUUGCAUCUGGAUAAUGUGGAUGUGAAAGAAUUAUGUUGGGGUGCUACGCCUUCAGGCUUUCUUGAGAAGUUACAGAUUUUAAAGUUAAAGGGUUGUAGGAAACUGCAAAACAUAUUCUUAGAUGAAACUCUCAAACUUCCUCAUUUGAGGGUAUUGAAAUUGAAAGAUUGCACAAUGUUCCAACUAGCAAUUUUCAAACCCUCUAUUGCUCAAAGUCUUGGGAAAUUGGAAGAAUUAGUAGUUGAAGGUUUUGCAGAAUUGAAAAGCUUAAUCGCAGAUAAGAGUUCAGAAGAAGAAAUGGGGGUUGUUAAUGAUCAAAAAGGUGAUGGCUCAUUGUUUCCGGCAUUAAAGUCUCUUCAAAUUAAAGAAUGUGGCAAAUUAGAAAAGGUAUCUUCAUUCCUUCUAGCUGGAGACCUUCCCAAUUUGAAAUAUCUAUAUAUAUAUGACUGUGCAAAGCUAGAAUACAUAUUCGGUGAAUAUAGAGGUCAAGUUGUGCAAGAGGAAAUCAAAAUGCUCUAUUCGCUAGAAGAGGUGAACCUUCAUGGAGUACCAAGUUUCAUUAACAUAUUUCAAAAAUGCAAGAGAUAUGUGCUAAGGCCAUCUCAAGUUUCAAAGGAAGAUUCAGAGGAGAGACCUAAGAACUUUAAGAUGAGUGCUUUCUCUUGGGCUCAUGGGUGUUGUUUUCUGGGCCCAAAUACAAAUACUAAUAUUGGAGUUUCCAAUGCUACACUGCUAAAAGACCCCACAAUCUCCCAGUCACUAUUCAGUGUAUCCAUCGCCACAACCAUCAUGUUGGAGUAUCUGUAUGUUGAGGACUGUGAAGAAUUGAAGCACAUUAUAACAAAUGAGGCAGAGGAUGAUGAUGUCCAUCUCAACUGCACCUCCAUCUUCCCAAAACUACAGAGACUUUAUGUUCGGAAUUGCAAUAAAUUGGAAUUUAUAUUUCCAUCCGCUCUUUCCGGAGGUCUUCAAGAAUUAAAGUCUAUAGAUAUUUGGAAAGCUCAUGAGCUGAAAUAUGUUUUUGGAAAAUACAAUGAAGAAGAGGGUCUAUCAUAUGAGCAUGAAAAUAAUGAGCCUCACAUUCAUCUUCCUGCAUUGGAAUCACUAUACCUCCGUUAUGUACCAAUAUGA